AUGGAGAGCUCAUGCAUAAUUCAAACUGAAGAAACUUCAACUCAUUCAAAGACUAGCAGAGGUAAGAAUGACUGGAGAGCUGACCUUAUUUCCCAAGUUCGUGUGUCUCCCCACUUGUUGAAGUCACUUCAACCUUGUACGAUCCUUGAAAAUGGAAAGGUGCUACAAGAACUGAAAGCUUCAUUGAAAUCAGUGGCCGAAAUCAACAAGAUCAAUGGGCUUUUAGCUGUGUUAGAACAUUUACUUUUGACUAAGAUUACGGAAGAUGGUAAAGAAGUACCUAACAGUCACCUAAAGUUUGAAGAUGCCCUGGAACACUUUCUUGGCUUUGAUACCAGUUAUGUACCAGGUUCUAAAGACAGUUAUGAUGUAAAAAGGUUUCAGUAUGCCCUGCUUCACCCAAAAUGUGGCUUGUGUGUUUCUAUAUUUAAUCCAUUAUCAAGAGACGGGUACAUCAUCCUGAGAUCAGAUGAUGUAGACUUUUCAACAUUUUUAGUACAUUUGAGUACUGAUCUUUCCAGUAAAUCUAUAAAUGAAAGCAGAUUUCAGCUGAAUAAAGAGACAGUCCAGAUGCUGCUGAAGUCAAUGGACUCUGAAUGGGAUAAAAAAGUUGUUAGAAUUAUCCUUGGUGCUGUGUAUUCUCUCAAGGAACUUUCAAAACUUGGCAUGGAUGCUACUAAUGUUGCAGCUAAUACCUCUCAAGUUUUGGAAAUGGCAAAGGAAUGCAAGAAUGCGCACAUUGCUGCAGAAGAUAUUAUAACUCAAAAUAUCGAGGAACAAAUAAAAAGUGCAAAGACUGAAACAGAUAAAAAAGAGGCCUUGGUGUUACAAAAACGGGCACACUGGCCAGUAGAGAAAAUAACGGAACUUGAAGAGGAAAUAAAGAAAGUACAAGACCAUGCAAAAGAUAUGGAGAAUCUCCUAACACCUACCACAAAACAGCAUCAACAGCAAUUCAAAAGGAGGUGCAAGAGAAAAGCUGAAUACCUUAUUCAGAUACAUCGAGUAAAAAGGAGGCGCUUAAGCAACCAAGGUUUGGCGUAUAAUUUUUAAAUUUUAUUUUGUGUAUUAAAUUGUAGUAAAAAUCCUCGCUUAUACUACACCAUUGAGAAAUAAGUUUGGACUGUAAAUUAUAUUCUAUGCAUGCAGUAUCAAAUUUUCUACCUGGAUGAGGGAGUAUAAAACAUGAUACAAUGGCCCUUUUGACUUCAAAACACUGCAUCAAAAUAACUACAGAAGUUUAAAGUGCAUUAUGCAUAUUUUAUAUAGCCCUGGGUAUGGCAGCCCCUGUUUCUAAAUCUCUGCUGACAGUGCUGUGUUUUCAGGAAGACCAAAACUUCUUGAUAGUGAAGAUGAGCAAUUUAUUUGCAAGGCAAUAGAGGAAAAAGCCACUUACCAUGGCCGUCGUUCAGAGCCAACUAUGUUCACCAACAGAUGAGUUAAAGUCCGAGAUCUGGUUGGUAUUGCCAAUUUCCACCUCACCAAACGAGGUAAACCUACUUUGAAGUCAUCAACAACUGUGCUGAACCGGUCAAGACCCAGAAACAAAAGAAGUAUACAGGGACGAAAGCAUAUAGGUUGGUAUGAAUACAUAUAUUAAGUGGGUUGCUGAAUGAAGUACACAAGUGUGUAAAAUUUUAUUCGCAAUUAGAAAAUUUGUUGUUUUAGAAAAUUACUGGUUUGUAUUAAAUGUUGGUUUCUUGACACAUAUUUUAGGGAAGGGGCUGUUUUGCUGUCGUAAGCCACCAAAAACUGAGAAGGCAUUAAAUGAAAACACCCACUACCAAAGGGGUCACAAAAAGAAUGUCGUGAUGUCUUUCUUCUCAUCAGAUAGCAGAACAAAACCAAAGUAUUGUUUUGCCCGGAGCAUUGAUGACAAAGCUUACUUAAGGCCAGGUAAUUUUACAUUUCUGUUAAUUAUAGUAAAGUGCUACUGCAAUAAAAAACUUAUCCAUGACGUAGUAUAUCAGUGAAAUAUCAAAUUUAGAUAGAUGUCUUUUUGUAGUAGCAGAGCAGUAGUGUUUUGUUCGAUAGGAGUUUUAGCUCCUACUUUUUCCACGACAUCCAUUUUGUCAUUGUAAAAUAACAAUGCAGAACUGUUGUUAUUACAAUACUUUUUUACUUGUGUCGACCCAGGCACUAGCGAAGGCUUUGGAAACACCAGAAAAACGCGAAUACUUACUCCAUCUGCUGAGAAAAAAGCGAGAAAGUUGCCCAUGUAUGACUGGCCGGAGCAAAUGGUUUAUAUAACACCUUCAACUCACCGAAUUCUGCACAAAGAAGGUAGGAACAGUAACAAUGAUCACUUUGGCAGUUUGGCAAGUAGAGCUGGCCCAAUACUCCUAGGCCCAUACUGUAUAUGCUUAACCUAUUGGUCAACAAUUGAUUAAUAGGCCAACGAAGACUCAUACUCAUAUAAAAUAGUUGUCUUCAAUGUAUUUAAACUAUAAAAAGGCUGACAACAUUAACUCAAACAACUUACUAAAAUGUGAAUAAAAAUUUAAUGGCUGUUCUCAAUGAACCAACAUUUGGUCGCGGUGUAGCGUGGUAAUCGAUUGCCGGAAAAUGUGAUCAAUCGUUGAAUUAAUCGAUGCAUUGAGUGCAGCUUUAAUUUUAAACUACCCUGUAAGUAUUAAUAAAUAAAGUGCUACAGUACAUAUUUUAUUGAUUCAUACAUGACUGUACUUCUUAUAUUUGAAAUUUUAUAUUAGCUGUCACUGUACAAGGUGAAGAAAAACUCAUCAAUGAAGAUGACACGCACGUUGUGUUCGUUCGACCAAAGGCGUUUGUAGAUUCAUCCGGUACAACAUGGGCCAAUGAAACUGAGGAACUGAGAACUAAGCUUCCAGAUAAGUUUGAAGUUGCUAACGAGAACGAUCCCAAAUAUUCCGCAGAGUUUAGAGGCACUUGUGCCUGUGUGCAUAAUGACACAAAACCUUUUGUGGAAAUGACAAAUGCAGAUGACUUAGCAAAUGUAACCUCUUGCAAAUUUCCUGAAAACCCGUAUUGUCAGUACAAGAAAGAGACUCUCACAUUUAAUGAUUUGCUUGGAAUCAUCCUUGUCUUUGUGUGGUCGCUUCAAUCUAAACGAAGGUGA